AUUUAUUAUUAUUAUAAUUUUUAUUUCCAUCAUCCUCCUCCCUCUCAAAAAGUCUCCUCUUCUUCGCUGUGGCUUUGGUUCUCCUACUCAUCGUCGUCGUUGAGCCCUCUCGCCGGACUUCGCCGGAGAACUCGCCGUUAGCUUCUGAUCCUCCUGUUCAUGGGCUUCCGUUCAAUCCUUUGGAUUUGGAAGCGAGGUUACCAAGUGUAAGCUUUAGAGGUUACGAUCUCUGGGUUCUCCGAUCAGGUAGGUAUUAGGGCGAUCGGAGUGGUGGAUUUGAAGCUGGAGGGAGGUGUUCUAGCUGUGGAUUGUUAGGGUUUGAGGGUUUGAGCUGCAGCAGUGGUGAUGCCUGCGGAAUUGGAGAACUCUUCGGUGAUGACGGCGUCGAACUCGGUAUCUGGAGAGGCUAGUGUAUCCUCCUCCGGUCAGCAGGCGCCGGUUGCUCCAGUGAAGAAGAAGCGUAACCUCCCCGGAAUGCCAGAUCCGGACGCAGAGGUGAUCGCGUUGUCGCCAAAGACGUUGAUGGCAACGAAUAGGUUUGUGUGUGAGAUCUGCAACAAAGGGUUUCAACGAGAUCAAAACCUACAGCUCCAUCGAAGGGGGCAUAACUUGCCGUGGAAGCUGAGGCAGAGAACGGGGAAGGAGGCGAAGAAAAGGGUGUACGUCUGCCCGGAACCAACGUGCGUACACCACGAACCAUCACGUGCGCUCGGUGACCUCACCGGGAUCAAGAAGCACUAUUGCCGGAAACAUGGCGAGAAGAAAUGGAAAUGCGAGAAGUGCUCGAAGAAGUACGCAGUCCAGUCUGAUUGGAAGGCUCAUUCUAAGACCUGCGGCACUCGCGAGUAUCGCUGCGAUUGUGGCACUCUUUUCUCUCGGAGAGACAGCUUCAUCACUCACAGAGCGUUCUGUGACGCUCUUACAGUGGAGGGCGCGAAGAUGCAGGCGCACGCGCCGGCUGCGGCGGCCACAGCAGCGGCAGCCGAGAACGAGGCCGUGAACACCGCCCAAGCGCCGUCGUGCUCUUCUCCUGCCGCGUCGCCGGAACCGCAGCAGCAGCUGCAACACCAACACCAACAGCAACAAAAACCAGAGCCACCACCUGAGGUGAAGUCCUCCUCCACCACCACCACCACCACCACCAACGCUGUCCCCGUGGUUCUGCAAUGCAUCCCUCAAGCAGCUGCGGCACCAGCACCCACUGUGACAAUGAACAGUACUAACAGCAGUGGUAACAGUGCCUCCACUAGUCUCUUUGCCAGCCUGUGGACAUCCCCGUCUACCACCACUGCCACUACGGUGGUGCCAGCUACUGCCCCAACAACCACGCAGCGUGCAUCAUUCUCUGAUCUUAUUGGAGCCAUGAGUCGUCAGGACCGUGGAGUAAUUCUAGAUACACCUUCACUAUGUCUCUCAUCCAAUGGCUCAGCUUCCAUCUUCUCACAACCACCUGAGCGCAGGCAGUAUGGACCAGCACCAACAUCACCCCACUUAUCCGCCACUGCAUUGCUGCAGAAGGCCGCACAAAUGGGUGCAGCUGCCACAAAUGCAUCACUUCUCCGUGGUUUCGGUCUCAGUACUUCAACAUCUCCUUCCCAUCAAGAAACCAGUGCCCCCGACACAAGCUUGCAGUGGCGACACCACCAGCAGAUUGAACCUGAGCCACAUAUGCUUUCAGCCGGGCUCCGUCUCGGUCUUACUUACGAUAACAAUGCCACCAGACUGCCAGAGUUGAUGAUGGGCCCAUCGUCCCUGUUCACAGCAAAACCAGCAACAAUGGAUUUUCUAGGCCUAGGAAUGGGUCAUGGUGGCUCCGCUACCAGCGGCCUAUCGGCAUUGAUUACUUCGAUUGGUUCGGGCCUUGACAUGUCAGUUGGCCCUGCUACUCCAUGGGAUGGUGCUGAUGGCAAACCCAGCAGCCCGGCAUUACUGUAGCAGUGCCGAGCUCUGGAAGUAUAACCCUCCAGUGUAUAGGGAAGGACACAGACGAGUGAACGUGUUCAUUACUCUGUUAUUUUGUAUUAUUGGUAGGAACUAGGAAGCAAGUUGUUUACGAAGAGGAGGAUUUAGAUAUGUUCUUUUCUUCAUCUUUUUUUUUUUUAUUUUUGGUUUAAUUUGUUGCUCUUUUGUUGUUAUAUGAAGUUAAUAUAUGAGAAUUUCAGCUGGAUUUGAGGAUAA